AUGGGAUACAUUAGUGACAACACUGUUUCUUCGGCAGUGAAAAGAGAGACAGUUGGAAUGAAGAAAAAUCUUGGACUUGUCAGUGCUGUUUCAUUUGCCGUUAACGCCAUUAUCGGAUCUGGAAUAUUCUUCUCUCCGACAGGUGUACUGUUUGAAACUGGGUCAGUAGGGCUCAGUCUUUUGGUGUGGGUGUUAGCGGGACUUCUUGCCCUUAUAGGUUCGAUGUGUUACUGCGAGCUAGGAUGUCUUAUACCCAAGUCGGGAAGUGAAUACCCAUACCUGCUGGCGGGGUUAGGAAAGAUCAUCGCUUUUCUGUUUGCGUGGACACAGAGCAUAGUGCUGACUCCUACGCUGAUUGCCGUUUCCAUCCUGAUCUUCGCAGAAUACACGGUUAUCUUAUUUGAUUUCUGUGGAACUUCUCAAACUCUCAUCAAAAUCAUUGCUGUUUUGAUAAUGAUCGCCCUUGCCAUCAUAAAUUGCUGGGAUACAAAACAUUCUGCGGGUCUGCAAGUGUGUUCCUCUGCUGUUAAACUGGUCGUUCUCGGUGUUAUCAUCGUAGGAGGUUUUGUACUGCUCGGCCAAGGUGAGACAGCUACUAUGCAGAAGGGGUUCUCUGGCAACACAAAUUCUGCUUCGUCGAUCGCACUGGCAUUCUACAACGCCACUUGGGCAUAUGGAGGAUGGAAUAGAAUCAAUUGUGUGACAGAGGAACUAAAGAAUCCGAAACGAAACCUGCCACGAGCGAGCAUCCUGGGCGUGAUUAUCGCAAUCAUAGUAUACUUCUUGGCAAACAUUUCGUACCUGACGGUACUGGGAAUAGAAGGAGUUAUGCAGUCAAGAGUUGUAGCUUUCACAUGGGGAGAGACUGUCCUUGGACCUGGCGGUAUGCUAAUGACAAUUGCUGUCUUGCUUUCAAUAUUAGGAACAGCAAAUGCAGACUUAUUUGGAGGAUCGAGGAUCCUGUAUGCUGCUGCCAGAGAACAUCAAUUCCCUGAGGUUUUGUCAUACGUCAGUUGUAAAAGGUGUACUCCGAUUCCCUGCAUCAUAUUUACAACAUUGCUAACCGUGUUGUUGACGGUACUUGGCGAUAUUCGGAGCCUUAUCAAUUUCUUCAGUUUCACAGCCUGGCUAUUCCAUGGACUCACGGUGUUUGCGUUAUUGGUGCUGAGGUUUACCAUGAAAGACACGUAUCGCCCUAUUAAAAUCUUCAUUUUGUUUCCACUGAUUUUCAUAGUGUGUUCGAUGUACUUAGUGGUAGCACCGAUCAUCCAGAAUCCUACCGUUGAGUUCCUGUACGCAUUCUUAUUUAUGUCGGGAGGACUUGUGUUCUAUGUACCUUUCGUGCACUACCAUGCAGACCAGGGCUUCUUCAAGCACGUGACCAGAUUUGUUCAAUGCCUGAUGGAAGUUGUACCGAGUCCAUACAAACAUGCUGACUAA